ACCAGAUAAUUAUUCAAAAUAUUAUUGCAAAAACCCCCAUAAUUUUUCAACAGACAUAAAACAGGGUGAAAUGACAGUCCUAAACUUUAAUGUUCGCGAAAUGUUCGUUUUUAUGAAAAGUUCGUUCUACAUUUGUAUUUUGUGGUCCUGGAUGCAGUGUUUUCCGCAAGAUACUUCGACAAGGAAAACUGCCAACAUAAUUAAAGUUCUCCAGGCUAUUUGGUUGUAUAUGAUAAUUAGAUAGAUUAGCUUUUAUGGGUUAUUAUAUAGUGUUAAUAUCGGUGACCAUAGCAACCAAGAGGAAACUCAGAAGCAUUGUCGAUUACACCAGUAAACUUUCAGGGGUAAGGUCCAAAGUUUCAGAAAUGAGUGCGAAGAGAGGUCUCAUAUCUUUUUACUCUUAUAGUUUUUUUGUAAGUCAAAUAUUUGAAUAAUAUUUUAAAAACGUGAAUGCAAACACAUACUUUGUUUUUUUAUUUAAUGCGGCCCAUCUGGAUCCAUAGCUUUAAAAGAAAUUAUAAUCAAGUUUACGAAGUCCAUAAAGUCAUAAAGUUAAAGUCCAGUCAAGUCAGGUAGAUGUCUGCCGAGCCCAUUGAAUAAUUUACGAUAUGUUAUUUCUAGUACCCAGUCCAGAAGAAGGUAUGCUUGGUUUCGUUUACAGUAAGAGUGAUAUAGCUUUCAAUUUAACUGUGAAGUAACUAAUAAUCUUGCAAGCCAGUUGUCAUAUAUUAGAUAAAUUAAUACAAAUUAAUAGGUACAACUAUGUACCCUUUAUAAAUGUAUUUCAGUUAAUUAAAAUAAACAAUAGAGUAGUUCACUGGCGAUCACACUGACAGGUAUACGAUGUGCAAAUUAGAUAAAACGACAAUACUCGGAAAAAAUCCCCCACAUCUGGUGAGCAUGUGACGUUUUAGAUUUAUAGGAAUCUUCACCGCCCCCUCGGAAACCUAUAAAUACCAGAAUCAAGCCAAGCACCUGUUCAGUUCAUUCGCAAACUUAAAGGCUAGCAGAAUGUUAUUCGCCAUGAAACCGACUAUCUUCUUUUGUCUUUUACUGGGCCUGGCUUUAAGCCAAGUCAGUGCAAACUGCUCUGGAGAUUGCCCCGAAACGGAGGAUGUUGUUUGGGCCCUUGGAGGCGGUUGCAGUGUUUUUCGCAAUAAAUGUUACUUUGACCAGGAGAACUGUCAUCGCAAGCCAGCAUUGACCAUCGCAACUAAGGAGGAGUGCCAAAAGCAAUGUGCCGACAUUUGCCCCGCCAUUUACCAACCGACAAGUGGAACGUACAAGGGUGAACUUCGCAACUUUGGAAAUGAGUGCGAAAAGAGGGCUCACACUUGUCGAACUGGCGAAACGUUUCUGUAAAAUAUGCAGCGAAAAACUGGAAAAUAAAAAAAUAAAUUGAACAACAUGAUUUGAACUUAUUA